AACCUUUAAUUGUAAUAUAGGAAUUUGAAGAAUGAAUUGGAGAAAAGUAGAGUAGAGGAGAAAGAGUGGGAUCCAAAGAGAAAGGGCUAAAAAAGGGGGAAGAGGGAGAUGGUGUUGGCAAAGGCUAAAGAGUUGUCUGAAAGUGAAAGCAAAAGAUGAUAACACUAAGCGACUUGUACCAUGUGAUGACAGCAAUGGUGCCACUCUACGUGGCCAUGAUCCUGGCGUACGGUUCGGUGAAAUGGUGGAAAAUAUUCUCGGCGGAGCAAUGCUCAGGCAUAAACCGUUUCGUGGCCCUGUUCGCGGUCCCUCUCCUCUCCUUCCACUUCAUCGCCUCCAACAACCCGUACGAAAUGAACUUGCGGUUCAUCGCGGCCGACACGCUCCAAAAGAUCAUCGUGCUGGUGGUCCUGACCAUCUGGAGCAACGUGAGCAAGAGAGGGUGCCUGGAGUGGACGAUAACACUCUUCUCCAUCUCGACGCUCCCCAACACGCUGGUCAUGGGCAUUCCGCUUCUCAAAGGAAUGUACGGAGACUUGUCGGGGAGUUUGAUGGUCCAAAUUGUGGUCCUCCAGUGCAUCAUCUGGUACACGCUCAUGCUCUUCAUGUUCGAGUACAGAGCCGCCAGAAUGCUCAUCUCAGAGCAGUUCCCCGACACUGCCGCCACCAUUGUCUCCAUCCACGUCGACUCUGACGUCAUGUCCCUCGACGGACGCCACCCCUUGGAGACCGAAGCCCAGAUUAAAGAGGACGGCAAACUCCACGUCACCGUUCGAAAGUCCAACGCUUCCAGAUCCGACAUCUUCUCCCGAAGGUCCCAGGGCCUUUCCUCCACCACCCCUCGCCCUUCCAACCUCACCAACGCUGAGAUUUACUCUCUUCAGUCCUCCAGAAACCCCACGCCUCGUGGCUCCAGCUUCAACCACACCGACUUCUACUCCAUGAUGGCUGCCGGACGGAGUUCCAACUUCGGACCCAACGACGUUUAUGCCCUCUCCGCCUCCAGGGGCCCCACUCCCAGACCUUCUAAUUACGACGACGAUUCUUCCAAGCCCAGGUACCACUACCCUGCGCCCAACCCUGGCAUCUUCUCUCCCACCGCUUCUAGAAACGCCACCAAGAAGCCCAACGCUCCGCCCCCGCCCCAGCCCCAGCCCCUCCCCAAACCUGACGAUCCUAAUAAAGACCUUCACAUGUUCGUUUGGAGCUCCAGUGCUUCCCCCGUUUCUGAUGUCUUCGCUGGACAUGAAUACGAUCACAAGGAACUCAAAUUAACCGUCUCACCCGGAAAAGGGGAGGGUAAUACUAAUAAUAGAGACGGUACUCAAGAGGAGUACCUAGAGAAAGAUGAGUUCAGCUUCGGAAACAGAGGGAUCGAGAAUAAUAAUCAGCACGAAGGUGACAAAGUUGGAAACGCAAAUCCAAAAACUAUGCCUCCAGCCAGUGUAAUGACGAGGCUUAUAUUGAUCAUGGUGUGGAGGAAACUUAUCAGAAACCCCAACACAUACUCUAGCCUCAUCGGUCUAACUUGGUCACUUGUUUCAUUCAGGUGGAACGUUCAAAUGCCUGCCAUAAUUGCAAAGUCUAUUUCGAUUUUGUCAGAUGCAGGGUUGGGCAUGGCCAUGUUUAGUCUUGGUCUGUUCAUGGCUUUGCAACCGAGGAUCAUAGCAUGUGGAAAUUCCGUCGCAGCUUUUUCUAUGGCCGUGAGAUUCCUUACAGGUCCAGCUGUCAUGGCAGCUGCUUCCAUUGCUGUUGGACUCAAAGGCGUUCUCUUACACGUUGCCAUUGUUCAGGCGGCUCUUCCCCAAGGCAUUGUCCCCUUUGUCUUUGCCAAGGAAUACAAUGUACAUCCUGAUAUUCUCAGUACGGGUGUUAUUUUUGGGAUGUUGAUUGCAUUGCCCAUUACGCUCGUGUACUACAUUUUGCUGGGGUUAUGAAUGAAAGUAAAGAUGGACAAUAUGAAGAUUAAAUGUGGCAUCCAUGCAAGGCUCGUUAGAGACUACUUAGAGCACGAGAACAAAUGUUCAAUGAAAUACAAAAAAGCAUCACCAUAAUUGAAUAGGAGGAAUUGAUCCACGGAUGAGUUUCCAUUUUUUUUUUUUUUAUGAAUUGUCCUUGCUUAGUGAAAAUGUAAAAUCAUGUUCGUAGCUAAUUUAUAAAAUGCCGCCUCGUUAAAUUUCAAAUUAAAAGUUCUCCCGAUUCCGUAUCACUCAUCAAGUGAAGAAGGAAUAGAGCAAAGAGUUUUUAUGUAUAUUU